AUGCUCGAUUUUGAUUAAAAAUAACUUAAUUAGCCAAAAAAUACCAUUCCGUAACUAAAAAAUAGUCUGAAUGAAGCAUAAAUACUUAAAUUUAAAGAAUUAAAACAGAAAAUUAUUGAUGAAGCUCAUACUUUGUUAUGCCCAAAAGAUGUAACCAAAUUCGAAAGAUAUACAGAAGACAAUUAAGCUGUAAGACUUUUAUGGGCUCAAGAUUUCCACGUCGAAAAGGCUUUUGCUAUGUGGUAAAAGUGGAUUUCUUGGAGAUUAAAGAUUGGUGCAGAUGAUAUAAAAGAAGAGGAUAUUGCAUAAGAAUACUAAAGAGGAAGAGCUUUUUGGCAUGGUAAAGAUAAGUAAAAUAACCCCUGUUUAGUUGUUAAAGUGAAAAAUCACAUUCCUGGAGUAUCAUCAGACAUAAUGGUAAAAUAUGUUUUGUUCUUAAUUGAAGAGGCAAUCUAGAAAUCUGAAGAAGCUGGUACUGGAAUGAUAUCAAUCAUAUGGGAUAGAGAAGGAUUUAGUAUAAAAAAUGUAGAUUAUAAGCUCUUUGAAACAUUCAAGUCGCUGAAUUAAAUUAUUUAAGAUAACUAUGCAGAGAGAAUUUAAAAAGUUUAUAUUCUCUACCCAAAUUGGUUCUUCAAAACUAUUUAUGCUCUUGUUAAGCCUUUUCUGACCGAAAGAACCAAAUAAAAAGUACUUUUUGUUGACUAAAUUGAAGAUAUGACCACUUAUUUCGAACCUAGUGAACUAUUGAUUGAACACGGAGGAACUUCGCCUUACAAAUUUAAUUACUAAUUUGAAAAAGUAAAUAAAUGCAUAUAAGAUAAUGAACUAUAAAGCAACGAAGUUGAUUAUAAUCUACUAUCAAAUAAUUUUAAUUGUAUUGAUGUUUAAUCUGAUUAAGAAACUAGAACGGCCUUGGAAACUGAGUGCAAAGUAUGA